CUUCCGCUGCCCGGGACCCACGUUUUUUACACCGUUCGCACUACUAAUAAAAAAAAAUAAAAAAACACGUUCGCUGCUAAAACAAGACGACUUUGUAUCCUAAAGAUGAGACCGUUAACGGAGGAGGAGACGAAAACUAUGUUUGAGAAGCUGUCAAAGUACAUAGGGGAAAACAUUAAGCUGCUAGUGGACCGGCCCGAUGGCACCUACUGCUUCAGGCUUCACCAGGACCGCGUGUACUACAUGAGUGAGAAAAUUCUCAAACUGGCCACAAACUUUUCCAGAGAUAAACUUAUUUCAGUGGGAACAUGCUUCGGGAAGUUCACCAAGACCAACAAGUUCCGUCUGCACAUCACAGCCCUGGACUUCCUGGCUCCUUACGCAAAGUUCAAGGUGUGGGUGAAACCUGGAGCAGAGCAGACGUUCUUGUAUGGGAACCAUGUGCUGAAGUCUGGCCUCGGCAGGAUCACCGAAAACACCAAUCAGUAUCAAGGAGUUGUGGUUUACUCCAUGGCCGAUGUACCUUUGGGUUUUGGAGUAGCAGCCAAGUCCACACAGGAGUGUCGGAGAGUGGACCCCAUGUCCAUAGUGGUGUUCCACCAGGCUGAUGUGGGGGAGUUCAUCAGGAACGAGGACGCACUGACAUAAAGCUACAGCAGCUGGAUGGACUUUUUUUAUUUUUCUUCUGAGACGCAGAUAGAGGAGAGCAACGCCGCCUUCCUGCUGUGGGAACAUCUGGACCAUCUUUUUCCUGCAGUGCCAGAAACCGGCGUGUCGAUGGCGCCAGAACAGAAACAAAACUUUCUAUUCACUCAUUUUGGAAACCUGUAAUAUCUGGAGUCUGUGAUAGAGACUCUUAAUCCAAUCAAAGGUGCCGUUGUUAUAUCUUUUUGAAUAUUCUUGUCUUAAUAAACUAGUUAUUUGAAUAUUG